CACAAGUAUAACGCAAAGAAUGUUACAAGAUACACCACAGCCGUGAAACGAGUCUCAUAAAAUUCACGUUUCUUAUCCGCUUAUCAUAAGUUGCAUCACUGGUUCAUGCCAUCCUUUUCUUUUACCAAUUCACUACGUGUAAGAAGAAGACGGACGAUUAAUUUGUCGUGUGGUGGUGUUUCUUUCGCGUUCAGUGUUCGUUCCACCUGACGGGCAAGCGGACGGCCGGUUUAGUCCCGGUUAAGUUAUGUGUGUAAUGUAAUUCACUCUCGAUAACAAAAUGAUGACUAUGGACAUCGGGAUGUACAAUAACCAGAAUGGGUACAACGCUGAGUACUAUCAGCAGGGAUCUUACCAGACCCCGUAUGAGGGAUAUCACGAGGGCUACUACGAGCCAAGCACGCACUAUUAUGAACCUAUUCUCCACGGACAGCCUGAAACAACCCCAGUUAUAAGCACGGACACAGGACUGUGUUACACGAACUUGGAUUAUGGAGAAUUGCCCCAAUAUCCAAUCCAGCCGUUACCGCCGCACCCAGAGACAUUUAAACAUAGAGAAGAUCAACGACAAGACGAAAUGCUUCACGAACAUAAAUUAGACAAUCAUUAUUUAGAGACAAAAUAUAACAUGCACUUCGUGGAUGACACAAUGCAGUAUAGUCAUGGGUCACCACUGCCGUGUGGGGAGUUUGAGGUCCCAUACGUCCCAAAGGAGGAGUUUGGGGGUAUGAGGGAGUUCCCUCGAGAGGGAGACAUUCAACACCACGUGGCUCACCAGACUCAUCCGCAGCAUGCUGUGCCUACGUAUAAGUGGAUGCAGGUCAAACGGAACGUCCCCAAGCCAGCAGUACCCAAACUGAUGAUACCUCCGGCGGACUUUGUGAAUCAAGGUGUCCUAGGAAGCCCCCAGGAUGGAAUCCGAACUCCUAAUGGCAGUCAAAUGCUAACCAAUCCCAUCCUCAACUUGAACAACACUGGCAGAACUAACUUCACCAACAAACAGCUUACAGAACUGGAAAAGGAAUUCCACUUCAACAAAUACCUCACACGGGCGAGAAGGAUAGAAAUAGCAUCCGCUCUACAAUUGAAUGAGACGCAAGUCAAGAUCUGGUUUCAAAAUCGACGAAUGAAACAAAAGAAACGGAUCAAAGAAGGUCUAAUAGUCGCUCCUGAAGUUACACCUUCCACCUCACACGGCAUUGGCUCUAAUGAAAACAGCCGAGAAUCGAGCUAGAGUGUUAAUUGACAUUAAAGUGGAAAAUCUAAAAUAUCAUUCGACUAUGUGCCAAAAUUUUACAGUGAGAUCCAUCCGUCACUUAAAGGAUAUUUCGGCAGUUACCGCUGAAUGUUGAAUACGUCCUUCUUAUUUACUACUAACUCACUGCAAUAAGUGGCAACUGUAAGGGAACAUUCGGUAACGAUAUUUGUGUCGUGUACUAGGAUGUAUGUCAAAAUCCAUUACAUUUCCAACAUACGGGAGUCACGCAUAGCGCUAAGUCUCGUUUCCAAAUUAUGAUAUUCUAGAUAUUUGCGCCAGACGUAUUCAAUAUAAGCGGUUGUUUAACAGUCAACAAAGCAAAAAAGAGUCUUUAAAAUUUAAUUUACCUUUUUAGUAGCUACAUGCCAGCAUAUGGAACAUUUGUUGCCUUAAAGUUGCGUUCACGGUGAUUUCAGUAAUUUAAAAAUAAACCUCUCUUAGAGUUCAAGGAAUAGAUAAAAAAAUUCUGGAAUUGGUCCAGCCGUCUUCAAGUUUUGCGCUUAGCACCGUAAUUUUAGAUUCAUUAUUUAUAUUAUUGUAUAAUUUUGGCAAAUAGUAAUAAAAACAAUUCCCAAGGUUUUUGAGAACAGUGGCUAGUCUACGAUGAUAAAUAUCCCUGUCAAAAUGUAAGCUCAAAUAGAUUAAGCUUCAUAUUGUAGAUUAGAAUUACGUUAGUCGUAAUGAUUGCAGAUAAUUAAUUUAAUAUUUUGUAAUUUUUGCGUAAAAUGAUGCUAGCGUAUUGUUAAUUUAUAAGAUUUUUAAUAAUUUUAUAGGUGCUUCAUUGUUUAAAUGUGGAAUGAGAUUAUUUACUUUAAGUUUGCAACAUUAAAAUUGAACAUACCCAGGCCAUAUGUAAUAUAUUCAGAUACAGAAAAGAAAUAUAACGUAGAGGAAUGUUAGUGUGUGGUUCAGAAGAAUAUCACUUUACCGAUUUUGAUUUCUACGUUCAAUGGUAACGUUACGUUUUAUGGCAACAUUAUUUUUAAAAAUGGAAAAUACUAGUGCAGACUAAAAUAAAUAAAUGGUGGCGUUUUGAAAACAGUUUUGCGUGACAUUUAUUAAAAUGCCAGAUAUUAUAGAGUCCUUGGGUUGCCCGGUGCUUUUGGAACGAUAAUAAAGUUUAUAGAUUUAGCAAUAAUUUAACUUGGAUUUUUUGUCAUACUUCGCGAAUCAAAUCACUAAAUUGUACCCUAAGACAUGCCGGUUUCUACGGGAUAUUUCUUACUAGAAAGCUGUUCUACAUGAAACAGUUCUACGGAAACUGUUUUAUGUCAUGUGAACAUCCAUUCAUUAGAUACACUAAUAUUACUCAUUUUAUAGUAACUCAGUGUGGUCUUGAAGUUAAAUUUACAUCACAUAAAACUUUGGUUUUGAUUUAAACGCCUGGGUAUCUUCAAUAAACGGCAACUCAAUUUUAUACGUUUUUACAUUGUAUAAUGCUUUUCGUUUAUAGAAUAUUUUUACCAAAGCUGCUAAAACAUAUUUAUUAAGCAACAUUACAAUAAUUCUAAGUAAUGUACAGGAUAUAAAAUAACUGUAUAUAAUUACAAUUGGUCUUUAGAUUUGACUGUGUGUACAUUUUUGUAUU